GAAACUGGCGCCGUCGUUUCGACGCAGACUGUGGGUCCGGGUUGCCCGCACGGUUCCUGGCCUUCCUUGACAAGAUCCCGGUAUCAUCGCUCUGCGUGAAGCAAGCAGAGAUUCCUCCACCGGUUGUGGAAGAGAGGCUUGUCUCCUGCUGCUCCGGAGACCGAACACGGGCAGGCAAUCCGGCUUCGUUCAGAGGGAAGGGAGGGAACUAAGGGCUUUGAGACCCCCAUCCUACAUGGAGAUAGCAAGAAGAUUCCUACGAUCGAGGAUUUCCAAACCCAAAACCUAAGCGGGUCUCCAGCAUGGAGAGAGGGGAAGAAAAACAGAAUCUGGAUCCAGAGAACCCUCUGGAAGAGGAGAUCUCAGAAGAAUGGAGUCUGGACGAGGACAAAAUAGCUUCUGCUGCCAUCACCGUCGCCACGGCAGCAGUGGCCGCAGUGAAGACCAUUAUUGGGAUCCAGUCUCGUAUCUUCAGGAGACUGGCCAUGCGGCAGAAGUUCCUGAGGCGGGAACGUGAUGACUUGAAUGAGCUCGAGCGGCUGGUAGAAAACACGGCCACUGCACGCCUCCGGGCUGUCAUUGAAUCGAGCAUUGACUCUUUGAAAGCCAUGUUGUGCUCCUGUCUCUUCCAGUCGCCGGCUGUCCUCGCUGGCUUGAUAGAUGAGCUGUACAUCAUGGAACGCGCUUUCUGGGUGCAGCCGGGCCGCUCGGAGUGGUGGGAGAAGGUCGUCCUGCCCCAUUGGGAUGACCCGCUCUGGCAGGAGAAUUUCAGGAUGAGCCGGCAGACUUUCAUGGAGCUGUGUGCCAUGCUGAGACCGGUCCUAGAGCGGCAGACCACCAACAUGCGGGCCCCCAUUACUGUUGAGAAGCAGCUGGCCAUCGCUGUCUGGAAGCUGGCAACUCCCGAUAGCUACAGGUCCGUAGCGGAGUGUUUUGGGGUCGGCCGCUCCACCGUCUCGAGGAUCGUCAUGGAAGUCUGCCAGGCGCUGUAUGAUGUUUAUCACCAUGUGGUCCACCUUACCCGUCCCCAUGUGGUGAUGAAAGGGUUUGCAGUCAAAGGAUUUCCUCACUGCAUCGGGGCCAUCGAUGCAACGCACAUCCCUAUCAUUGCGCCCGCCCACCGAGCAACAGAGUACAUCAACAGCAAAGGCUAUUACUCUAUGGUCCUGCAAGCCUUGGUGGACCACGAGGGCCGAUUCACCGAUGUGUAUGCUGGGCGGUCCGGGAAGGUGCACGACGCAAGGAUCUUUCGCAGCUCUCCCAUUUUCCGUGCCAUGAAUCAAGGCACGUUUGGUCCCAGCGUCAUUAUGGACAUGGAGGGUGAGCAAGUGAAACCAGUGAUCCUCGGGGACCCCGGUUACCCUCUCCUGCCGUGGUUGAUGACGCCUUACAGUGGCCACUUGGACACCAACAAGCAGCGGUUCAAUGACACCCUGAACGGCUGUCGGAUGGUGGUUGAAUAUGCUUUCGAGCGCCUCCGGGGCCGUUGGCGAUGCCUGCUGUCCCGCCUAGAUGUGAGGGAGCGCUACGCGCCCAGGGUCAUUGUGGCCUGCUGCAUAUUACAUAAUAUCUGCGAGGCCAAAGGGGAGCCCCUUCAGGAGGGGUGGGAAGAGGUAGUGAGAUCAGUCUCGAGAUCUUAUCAGCAGCCAGAGCGACAGCCUGUGUACGUGUCAAACCCCCGUGCUCGGGAGAUCAGGGAUCUUUUCAGUGCAUACUUGCAAAGGAGGGAGCAAGGAGACUAA